AUGGAUGAAAAAGUUUCAAUCUUUGAUAUUUUGAUUCUUCCCCUGAACCCCAGAAGCAUCAUGAUUGCAGUGUCCACUGAAGAAGACUUUCUGAUAGGCAAAAUCCUCAUGACUCAUGAUCCUGAUGGUUCUCGGCUUGAUUCUCGGCCCUUAUUUCGUGUUUUGAAGAAUAUCUUUCAUUAUGCUGGUCCUGUGUCAGGAAAAGAUUCUGAUCCGGAGAUAUUGGCCACCAGCUUAAGCGAUGUUGAAGCUAUUGGACUACAGAAAACAUUGGGAUACACCAUUUAUAUGAUAUCACAUCAGGUCUUCAGUAAUUGCUUUGAGGAAGGCGAUUUACACUCCAAGACAAUGUCAUUAUUUGACACAUUACGAAAUUUCAAGUGGGAUGCCAAAAUGAUUCUAAUCCUAGCAGGCUUCGUGAUGGUUUAUGAAGAAUUUCAGCUCAUAGUGCAACUCCAGUCUCAUCAUGCCUUGGCAAAGUUACUUGCAUUACUAGGACGAGCGCCUUGUGACUUCAAGUGUUUCAGGUCACAGUUCAAGGCAUUGACUGUGUUGGUGGAGAAUAUGUUGGACUUGACACAAGUCAUCAUAGAGUUCGAAAACCUGCCUUUGCAACAAGAACUUCUUGAGCCCGAGAUUUUAUCUAAUGCCAAGUCAAAGAUUUACAUAGCCAGCUACUGGAUUUGCCGGAGCGCAUUGGUUUGCUUUUCUGUGAUGACAGACCUGCGGAUGACAAAACAUGACCAAGAAUUCAAAAAGAAGCUUGAAAUUUGCCAUCAGGAGACAGAAACAAAAUUGUACAAGAAGCUGCUCGAUCUUUUCAAGCAGACUCAUCCUGACAAUCAAGAAACUCUUCAUAAGCUAGUCCCUUUCGCGGAUGAUUAUCCCUUGAAGGAUCGCUUCUCUCUGCAUGGAAUCACUGAGCUAAAAAACAAGGUGGUUAUUCUUCUGUUGUCCCCUGCUGAUCUCCUCCCCAUUGAGCAGAUAUUCCUGCUGGUGCAGCAGACAUAUGAUCAUCCCAACCAGGAUAAAAUUGACAGAAGUUAUGUGAUUUUAUGGGUGCCAAUCUCAACUUCACAUACUUGGAGUCGGGCUGAAGAAAUCAGCUUCCAGUUUCUAUCAAAUUCGCUGCCAUUCUGGUCUUUACACCAGCCAUGGUUUCUGAGAUCUGCAGUUGUCGACUUCAUCACACAAGAAUGGAGCUAUAAAGGGGAAGCCAUGUUAGUUGUUUUGGAUACUAAUGGCAUGGUUACCAACUCAAAUGCAAUGGACUUGAUAUGGAUAUGGGGAGCUGAUGCUUUUCCCUUUUCAACAUCAAGAGAAAAGAAGCUCUGGGAAGUUGAAACAUGGACCUUACAACUUGUUACAAGUGGCGUUAACCCUUUGUUAACAAAAUGGGUUGAAGAAGAAAUGGACAUCUGUAUUUAUGCAAGUGACAAGUUGGAUUGGAUCAAAGAGUUCACUUCUAAAAUUAAAGAAAUUAAGGAAGAAACUGAACUUCAGCUGAAGAUGAUUUAUGUUGGCUGGAAAAAUCAAGAUCCAAGUGAAACAUUACGGAACAUAUCAGAUGUCAUCAAAAAAGAAAACUUAAGCGCUUGCCUCACGUACACACAACAAUGGUUCUUUUGGCAUAGAUUGGAGUGUAUGAAAAAUUCAAUCACUCGCGAAGGGGGGCCGCAUGUAGGAGCUUCUGAUAGUAUCUUGAAAGAGGUAAUGGAAUUAGUAAAUGUUGACAGCAAUAAUAAUGGUUGGGUGCUCAUAGGAAAAGGGUCUUUUCCAGGGCUAAUAAAGCUUCAAGGAAGGGAAGCCACAGAAUGCUUUAAUAGUUUCUCGAGAUGGGCUGAGAAUGUCGAAGAAUUGGGAUUGGUGGAUGCCAUUAGAAGUUCAUUUGAACCUUCAGCUGUUAGUCCGUGCAAUCACUAUGAGGUUCUUCUUCCGUACAAGGAAGGUUCUGCACCAGGACAAGUGUCGUGUCCGUCCUUGCUUCAAGGCCUUCCAAGUCCUUCCAAAAUGUCUGAAAUUGUGCCAACUACCAGGGGCCAACAAAUGCAACCAAUACAACCAAUGCAGCAGUUGCAGCCCAUUCAGCCAUUGGCUAGGCCGGCAAGCGAAAUCGUACCAACUACAAGGGGCCAGGCAUUGGGUCAAUCAAUUGCUCCUGAAAGUGUACCGGCAACUACUGCUUUGAGGAAUCAGGCAUUGAAUGCGCUGCAAUCUCAUCUUGGUGAAGUGCCUGCUACCCACCUUAAUGAAGUGCCUGCUAGUCAUCUUGGUCAAGUGCCUCCUGUUAGGAGCCAUCCAACCACAACUGUGCCAGGAAUUCUCAAGCCUCAUCCGACCAGUACUGCAAUUGUCCCGUCUUCUACAAGGAGUAGCCAUUUAAUGAGGGGCGAUCGCCAUUUGUUCUCAACUUCGGAUGAUGGCGCCAUGAUGAAGCAAAUUCUAGCCACUCAUGCUCCUGAUGGCCGUGAUUUUGAUGUCAAACCACUCUUUGUCAUCAUUGAGGACAUCAUGCACCGUUCUACCCCGGCAUUUCUUGGAGCGACGGAACAAAGUCAAGCUCAUAUUGAUGCAUGGGAUGAGAAGGCACUUCACGCUGGUUACAAUGAAAUACUUGAACUUCUCGCAUACCCCAUCAACAAAACAAGCUGUGAGAUCAUAUGCAAGUGCAAUGCUGGUGGAGAUGCACACUUGAUUACUAUGGCACUCUUCCAGUCACUAUCAAGCUACACUUGGGAGGCUAAAGUGACAAUAGCCUUCGCUGCUUUUGCUGUGAACUAUGGCGAGUUCUGGCUCGUUGCACAGCUUUACACCACAAAUCCACUAGCCAAGUCUGUUGCACUUCUUAAGGAACUUCCAGAAGUGAUGGAGCAUACUGAAGCUUUAAAACAGAAGUUCUCGGCAAUUAAUAACCUCAUUCAUGCAAUGCUGGAGGUGACCGAGUGUAUUAUUAGGUUCAAGGAGCUCCCCUCACAGUACAUUAGCAUCGAGUCACCUGAAAUGAUGGCGGCUGCUGCUCAUAUCCCCACUGCAGCUUACUGGACGGUUCGUAGCAUUGUAGCUUGUUCAACCAUAUUACUCAACCUCAUAGCCCUUGGACAUGAGUACAUUGCUUCAGCUUCUGAGACCUGGGAACUCAACAGCUUGGCUCACAAACUUGCUAACAUAAAAGCCCACCUGGAAGGUCAAAUGGGAAAUAUAAAUCAAAAGAUUGAGGAGAGGAGGCAAAAUGAUGCAUAUCUUGCACUGAUUCGACUCUUUGAAACGCCUCAUAUUGACAACAUGAAGAUUCUUAGGGCUUUAAUUUACGCCAAAGAGGAUCAGCUGCCUCUUUAUGAUGGAACUCACAAGAGAAGAGCUAGCCUUGAUAUCUUGAGAAGGAAACAUGUUUUGCUGCUCAUUUCAGACCUAGACAUGUCUCAUGAAGAACUGUCAAUCCUCCAUCAAAUGUAUAGUGAGGCCAAACAACAGCCGAAUAGGCCAGAGAGUCAGUAUGAGGUUGUUUGGCUUCCAGUUGUUGACAGAGUAACUCCAUGGAAUGAUGCAAAGCAGAAACAAUUCGAACUUGUCCAAAACUCCAUGCCAUGGUACUCAGUAGCUCAUCCAAGCAUGCUGGAUCCUGCAGUCAUUAGGUUCAUCAAGGAGGUUUGGGGAUUCACGAAGAAACCUCAGCUUGUAGUCCUGGAUCCUCAGGGCAAAGAAUCGAAUCGCAAUGCACUGCAUAUGAUGUGGAUUUGGGGUAGUCUGGCUUUCCCCUUCACUAAGUCAAAAGAAGAAGCACUCUGGAGAGAAGAAACUUGGAGAAUGGAAUUGUUAGCUGAUUCCAUUGACCAAAAUCUGUUCCUUUGGGUGAAUGAAAACAGAUACAUAUGUUUGUAUGGUGGAGAGGACAUAGAAUGGAUCAGGAAAUUCACAACUACAAUGAGGGCAGUCGCGAAUGCUGCACGAAUUCCACUAGAAAUGCUUUAUGUGGGCAAAAGCAACCCGAAAGAAAGGGUAAGAAGAAACAAUUCCAUUAUCCAGGUUGAAAACCUGAGCCACGUCUUGCCAGACUUAACACUUAUCUGGUUUUUCUGGGUGAGGCUGGAAAGCAUGUGGCAUUCCAAAAUGCAACACGGAAUGACCGUUGAGAAUGAUCCCAUCAUGCAAGAGAUUGUGACAAUGCUCAGCUUUGAUGGCAGUGAUCAAGGCUGGGCAGUGUUUUCCAGGGGAGCACAUGAGAUGGCCAAAGGGAAAGGCGAGACAGUUCUGACAUGUGUGAGCCAGUACGAUCGCUGGAAGGACAAAGUCGUCUACCCUGACGGCUUUGUGAUCGCGCUGAACGAAGAGCUCAAGGAACUUCAUUCACCACACCAUUGCAACAGGCUCAUAUUGCCUGGAACCACAGGGCAAAUUCCCGAGCGGGUUGUUUGUGCUGAAUGCACCCGCCCGAUGGAGAGGUUCAUUAUGUACCGCUGCUGCAAUGAAUAA